AUGGCAGUAUGUGAGAGUGAUUGUACAAUAAACGAGACGAAGAAUCAGGAGGAUGAUUAUGCUGUAUACAAUCGAUCUCUUGCAGUGACAUUAGCACACUAUGCUUCUGCAGUAUAUAUUUCAGAUUUAAUGGGACUAUUUAAUUGGACAUGUUCUAGAUGCAUAAAGACAAAUGGGUUCGUAAUGAUAGAUUUAAUCGUUGAUGUUGAUAACUGCUUGCAGGCAUUUGUUGGUUUUGCAAAGAGUUUAAAUGCUGUUAUCAUUGCAUUCAGAGGAACUCAAUUAAAAAGCAUACAGAAUUGGAUGACAGAUCUAAACUGGUGUCUGUCUGAUUUAGAUUACCCAGACUCGUCUGAAGCAAAGGUGCACCAUGGAUUUUAUUCGGCUUACCAUGACACAAGCAUGCGCCCUGCAGUUGUAAAAGCUGUCAGAAAAGCGAAUUUAAUGUAUGGAGCAAACAUUAAUGUUUUCGUCACUGGGCAUUCAAUGGGAGGAGCAAUGGCUUCAUUUUGUGCAUUAGAUCUCAAGAUGACAGGUUUAGCUAAAAAUAUUCAAGUUUGUACAUAUGGAAUGCCUCGAAUUGGAAAUGCCGAAUUCGCAACAUUCUAUAGUCAACAUGUUCCCGACACAAUAAGGGUAACAAGCGAACGUGACAUUGUGCCUCAUUUACCCCCAAAUUAUCCUACUCAUUAUAGGAAUUAUCGUCACUUCCCAAGAGAGGUAUGGAUUCAUAAAGUUGAAAACGAUUGUUCAGUUAACAUUAUCGAGACUGUUUGUGACGAAUCUGGUGAAGACCCUUGUUGCAGUAGAUCGUUGAUCCGCUACAGUUUAUUCAACCACAUGUAUUAUUAUGGACUUAGUAUGGCAGAUCACCAUCCUAAAGUAUGUCACAUUGUGAUUGAUCCUGGUUUGGAUAAUUUUACCACAAGUGACAGUUAUGGAAAUUUCAUCUUUUCUCGAACCCCUACCAAUAUUUAG